CUCAAAAACGUCACCGUAAAAGAUCAUAUACGUUGAGAGUUCAGAGACCUGAAAAUGUACCCGAUUGGGCAGCAGGUAAAGAAAAUGAAGAAAUUUAUUCUAGUGAGGAUAGUAAUGAUGGUGGUAAAAAUGGGGGUAGUGGAAAUGGGGUGAUAGAAAUGGAGGUGACAAAGCAAGUG